AUAGAAGUGAACGAUACUCCCCUCCCCUUGCCCAUCAAUCUUAUAUCACACUUAAUAACUCUCAUCAUUCAUUAAUCUAUCAGUCUCAGAAUUGCAUUUUCUACCAGAACAUUCUAGAACAACUAGAAAAAUGCAGUGGCAUUGCCUUUCACUAUCCUCUUCUACUCAUCUCCCUUCUUCCUCCAUUGCUAUUCCAUCUCCCAUUUCUCUCUCAUCUUCUUCUCCCCAUCUUCGUUACUCCCCUUUUUCAUCUCACCAUUCCAUCAAUUUCAAUCCACUCAGAUUGUCGCUGAAUCAUCAGAUUUUUCUGCAUACUUACAGAAGAAAUCGAUCAUCAAUGGCUGUUUAUAAUUCUUAUUCUGCUGUUCUCUCCCCGCGAAUUCUUCCUUGGAUUUCUGCUGUUUCUACUGCGAUUCUCAUGCUUGUGAAGGGCACUGCAAUAAAUAGAUCCUUUCUUGUGCCAUUUUUUGCUUUACAGGCGCCGGCAACUGUCAUCUCAUGGAUGCAGGGAGAAUAUGGUGCUUGGUCUGCUUUUGUUGCCCUUCUUGUUCGCCUAUUCUUCUUCAUACCAGGUGAACUUGAACUUCCUUUCCUCACACUGGUUUUGGUAAUUGUUGCUCCACAUCGAGCAUUAAAUCUAAGAGGGACUCAGGCUGGGGCCAUAAUAUCUCUAGUCAUUGCUGUCUAUUUGGCGUUCCAGCAUUUUACAAGGGCUGGAAGUUUACGGAAAUCAUUUGAUCAAAAUUCGAUUCUUGCUACUAUAGGCAUCAUCUGCAUUACUAUAGUGCCAUGCUUACUGUUGAUUUGAUUCCGAAGGUAGAUCAAAAUUUGCCGACUUCAUGUAUUAGAAAUUUUAUUGAAUGUGAUAGUUUGGAAAUUUACUUUUGACCUUCUGUAGCUCUUCUGUAUAUAUCAGACGGAUUAUAUUGUGAACGUUCUCACCAUAGUAUCUUGUUCAAUAAAUGUUAUUUUUCUCCUGUUACUGCGUUUAAGAUUUGUUUCAUUUUCUAAUGGUGAACCAUUUCAUCCUGUA